AUGACCCGUCGAAACGUCAUUCCUGUCCUCGCGCUAAUCCUCACGCUAUUCGUAAUCGCAUUCUUGUACUCAAGCAUUGACACCAGUCAAGCAUGGCGGGGCAUACCACAACAUGUUGGUUUGGGAGAGCACUUUGGGACUGAUGAGCAGCCACCCUCCAGUACUGGCGGCGCCGAGCCGUCCAAAGACACGGUCGAAGACCCAGACUAUGCGAACUGGAACCCGAGACCCGUGUUCAAGCCAGGCUCGCCAAUGCUGCCAGAGCAUAACUUCACCUCGACACUGGUAAUUGCGAAGACGAAGCAUGAGAACGUCAAUUGGAUACUGGAGAAAAUGCCAGAGCAGCAGACAGCCGUCUACGUCGCUGACGAUCCUUCCGCGCCGCUGCAUCCACCCAAGAACAAGGGACACGAAGUCAUGGUGUAUCUUUCGUGGAUCAUCGACAAUUACGACAAUCUCCCCGACGUCGCUAUCUUUAUGCACGCCCAUCAAUUGUCCUGGCACAACGACGAAAUUCUGGGCAACGAUGCGCAUCUCCUUAUAACGCGACUGAAUCGACACCGCGUUUGGAGGGAAGGCUUCGUGAACAUGAGAUGCAGUUGGCAUCCUGGCUGUCCCGAUUGGAUGCACCCGGGAAACACCGAACAGGAUGCUCAGAAGCAGGAAGAGGUGCUCUUAGCGAAAUCGUGGAGCGAGCUUUUCCCUCUCGACGAAGUACCUACCGUCCUUGCGCAACCCUGCUGUGCGCAGUUUGCCCUCUCGCGGGAACGUAUACAAGCGAAGCCGUACGCGCAAUACGUCUGGUAUAGAGACUGGCUAUUCAACACGCGACUCCCCGAUCGCCUGAGCGGACGAAUCUGGGAGUACGUGUGGCAGUUUGUCUUCACAGGUCAGAACAUAUUUUGCCCCAAAGAACACAUAUGUUUCUGCGACCAGUAUGGAUCUUGUUUUGGCGGCGAAGAAGCAUACGAAAAUUUCAUGGCGCUCAAGAACGAACUCAGCGAUCGAGAGAGGGAUCUCAGAGAGUGGGAGGAGAAACGGAAGGAGAUAGAAGAGGCACAGAAGAACGGCGACCAGGCAAAGUUGCAGGAGUUGACAGUCCCCGAGCCAGGAAAAGAUGACGAGUUCAGAAGAGAGAUUGAUCGGUUGAGGCCAAUUGUAGACAGCCUAAAACACGAUGCAGAAAUUCGGGGACGAGACCCACGCAACCGAGCGUUGGAAGCUGGUAGGGAGUGGCAUGAAGGCGACGGUUUUUAG